UUGUCCAACUCAUCCCAUUUCCAUUUUCUUCUUUAUGACCCAUCGGUCGAGUCACGUCCACGUGAUACUGGCAGGGAUAUGGCUCUGCGCGGUUUGUGCGGAUUUUGCGAUUUUUUCGCGUUGAAACUUGAUUGCCACCCAAAUAUCGACAUCAUGACCAACCAAUACCGCAGAUUGUCAAGACCCGCCUUGCAAAUCAUGUAGGCAAGUGAACUUUCAUCUCUUCUGCGUAUUUCUACUCUACUUCUCGCAUCUUCUCCAGCUCUUUCCCUUUCAUUCAAAUAUCGCGUUCGCGCUCCUACCUAUUUUGCCACAACUUUGUCGCGAUCAACACUUUUCACGGAAGCACGCUUCCUUCUUCUAAAUAAUUUCAUCAAUAUGGCACAACCAUCCAGCAGCAGGAUGCGACCAAAUUUGAUCACAAGCUCAUUCCUCAUAUCCAAUCUCCAUUGUCCAUCGUGCGUCUCUCACAUUCAGGAUACUCUCUUUGCCUUGGAUCCUCGGCCCAGUUCCGUGUCACCUUCGCUCGUAACGUCGUGGGUAACCGUCCGACAUGACGAAUCGCUGUCGUUGAUAGAUAUCUGCGAUGCGUUGGAGAAUGCAGGGUUCGAGAUCUCUGACGUGACAUCCGAGAGCGCCGACGGCCACCAUCCCGCCGGCACUUCGCAUACAGCCUCAGAUGGGGAAAUUGGAUAUUUGGAUCGUUUACUGCACACCUUUCGGUCCCAGAAAGAGUGCGCAUCUGACGGCAAACUCUCCAACCGACACCUCCAGAAUUGCGAGGUAUGUCGUCUCGAUGCACUAGGGAAGAAGAAUGGCGAUACAAAGACCCCACAAUCUCCCUUGCCAGCAGCUGCGAACGGAAAGGCAGCCAUGGCGUCCGAAGCCUUUGAUGACGAGAAGGUCCUUCUUCCUUUUGUAACGGUCGACUCGGCAGACUCGGCGGAAACAUGGAGAGCCUCUCUGGCCAUCGGGGGGAUGACAUGUGCUGCAUGUGCGGGGACGAUUACAGAAGAAAUGGAGAAGAAAGACUGGGUGAAGAAAGUCGUAGUCAAUCUCAUCUCGAACAGUGCAACAAUCGACUUUAUUGGCGGCGAGCACAAGGAUAAGCUCGUGGAAAGCAUUGAGGAUAUGGGAUUUGAUGCCACCAUCGAUACGAUUGUGGAUCUCAGUACACUUCAGAAAGUAUCGUCUAGAAACGCAAAUACACCACGGACAGUCAGUAUACAGAUCGAUGGGAUGUUCUGCGAGCAUUGUCCUGGACGGGUAGUCGCAGCGGUGAAAGAGCUUGGCAAUGGAGUUGAGAUUGAGAAGUCUCCAGACCUCAAGGAUCCGAUUCUGAGAAUUACCUACGUUCCUCAACUACCCAACUUCACCAUCAGGACCAUCAUUUCUGGAAUCGCCGCCGUCGACCCGUCUAUGAGGCCAUCGAUAUACCAUCCGCCCACUUUGGAAGAGCGAUCUCGAAAAAUCCACAGGAAGGAACAGCUACGUAUUCUGAUCCGAGUGCUUCUCACAUUCGUCAUCGCCAUACCCACUCUGAUAAUGGGCAUCAUCUACAUGAGUCUGGUGUCUGACAAUAAUGCUGGCAAGAAAUUCCUCAUGGCACCAUUACGCGCUGGCAUCAGCAGAGCGCAAUGGGCAUUAUUCGUUUUGGCAACACCAGUCUACUUUCUCUGCGCCGAUGUCUUUCACGUCAGGGCACUGAAAGAGCUUGUCUACAUGUGGAAGCCUGGAAGUACCACGCCCUUCCUCCAAAGAUUCUACCGAUUCGGAAGCAUGAACAUGCUGAUGUCUCUUGGUACGACUAUCGCCUAUGUAUCGUCUUUGGCCCAGUUGAUUGCAGCUGGCGUUCAUCCACCAUCGAUGCCAGAUAACAGCUCGUUCUAUUUCGACUCGGUUGUGUUUUUGACACUCUUCCUUCUUAUUGGUCGCCUCAUCGAAUCAUACAGCAAGUCAAAGACUGGAGAUGCAGUCACCAUGCUUGGGAAGCUGAGACCUACAGAAGCACUUCUUGUGGAGACUAGUUCAAAGAUUGUUGAAGAGAUUGUCAAUGGUCCCCACGAAAGCCUCAAAUCCGUCAAUGUGGAUCUCCUCGAGUAUGGAGACAUCGUCAAGAUCUUGCACGGAGGUUCACCGCCUUGUGACGGAACUGUCAUUCAAGGCGAGACAAAAUUCGACGAGUCCAGUCUAACUGGAGAAUCGAGGCUCAUCAAGAAGACCAUAGGUGAUGAAGUCUACUCUGGCACCGUAAACAAGGACUCUGCUGUUUCCAUCAAGAUCACUGGUGUUGCAGGAUCCUCAAUGCUUGACCAGAUCGUUAAGGCAGUCAGGGAAGGACAAACACAUCGCGCACCCAUGGAGCGUAUCGCCGAUACCUUGACGAGCUACUUUGUCCCAGUUGUCACUCUCAUCGCUAUCGGUACAUGGAUCUUCUGGCUUGCGAUGGGUACUUCUGGAACAUUGCCACGUGACUAUCUAGACUCAGGUUCUGGAAGCUGGGUAGCGUGGUCAUUGCAGUUCGCCAUUGCAGUCUUCGUUGUCGCUUGUCCGUGUGGCCUUGCUUUGGCAGCUCCAACUGCACUAUUUGUUGGUGGUGGCCUUGCUGCAAAGUACGGAAUCUUGGUCAAGGGUGGUGGCGAAGCGUUCGAGAAAGCUAGCAAGCUUGAUUGUGUCGUCUUUGAUAAGACAGGAACUCUUACAGUUGGAGGCGAGCCUGUGGUGACCGAUUUCGAAGUACUGUCCAUGAAUGAGAGCAAUGACUUAUCUUCUAAAACUGUUCUUGGAAUGGUUACCUCAAUUGAGGGAAACAGCAGUCAUACAGUCGCCAAGGCUUUGGUUUCGUUCUGUUCGACCCAAGAGACGACUUCGAUCAAUGUUGUUAAUGUUGGAGAGGUUGCAGGAAAGGGCAUGAAGGGUCUGUUUCAAAGCUCCACAGAUGCUCAACUUGAAAUGAUUAUUGGCAAUGAGUUACUCAUAUCAGACAACAAAGUCACAAUUCCCGAAUCGGCUCUGUCUUCACUCGACAAGUGGAAGUCCGAAGGACGUUCUGUUGCUCUGGCCGCCUCCAAAAAUUCAUCCAGCACCUACCAAUUAGCAGCUAUCUUCGCCAUCUCCGAUCCCAUUCGUCCCGAAGCUCCACGCAUCAUCGCCGCUCUCCAAAAGCGGGGUACGGAAGUUUGGAUGCUCUCUGGUGACAAUCAAAUCACCGCCAAUGCCAUUGGAUCUCAAGUCGGGAUUUCGUCCACAAACAUCAUUGCGGGUGUUCUUCCUAGUCAAAAAGCAGAGAAGAUUCAAUACCUGCAGAAAUCCCUCAAAGCUCGCAACGGCUCAGGCAAGGAGUACACUGAGAAACGAGCGCUGGUCGCAAUGGUUGGCGAUGGAAUCAAUGACUCACCUGCUCUUACAACAGCGGAUGUCGGUAUUGCCAUUGGCUCUGGCUCAGACAUCGCAAUAUCGUCUGCAGAGUUCGUGCUUGUGUCGAGCAAUCUGAACACAUUACUCACAUUGCUGGAUCUCAGUAAGGUGGUGUUCAGGAGGAUCAAGUUCAACUUCGGAUGGGCAUUGAUUUACAAUAUGAUCAUGUUACCAUUUGCUGCUGGAGUGUUGUAUCCCGUUGUCAGUGGGGGAAAGCAUGUUCGACUGGAUCCUGUGUGGGCAAGUUUGAGUAUGGCGUUGAGUAGUAUUAGUGUUGUUUGCUCGAGUUUGGCUUUGAGGAGUAAGAUUCCUGGCGUGGGAUUUAAGGCUAAGAAAUUUGAAGAUGAGGCCGAAAGAUAAUAUAUAGUGAAGGCCGAGAAGGGGUUUAAGGCAUGCAUGGGGUUGAACGAGCAUAUUCAAUAGAUACCCGAGCUUUUUGCAGAACAGCUUUCUUGUGACUAGCACUUAAUGUCAUAC